AUGGGUAUUCCUUCCCUAAUAAAAACCAAAGGCCCAAAACCAAUAAACCUGAGGAUUACCCCUAGUUCCUUCCCCUGUUCUAGGAUUAUUGCGAAGAAGGACCCUGGUGAUGAUAGCUUGGUGGAGUUUGUUCAGGAUCCGGACCCGAAUGCGCAACCACCUUUCCUUCUUAAACUUACCAAUGAGGACGAUUUAACAUUCAACUUUACAUUUAAUAUCAGGCGGAAGGACGACGCCACGGGAAACAUUGGGCCGGAGACCAACAUCAAUGGGUUGACUUUCAUUGUGGCAUCCAAUGCUCGGGAUUUGGAGAAUUUGGUCACACGAGAGCUCCAUUCUGACCCCAACCUGCACAAGAAUCCCAAUGUAAAUCUAGUUGGGGACUUCUCGACGGAUGGAUCGAACGCCGUGCAGUUUGAUUGGCAAUGGCGUUGGCGGCCUCCACAAGGAAUGGAAGAUAGGAAGAAUAUGGGAUGGAGGAAUGCAUGCAGUUUUGUCGAGUACGAUCAACGAGCGCACAAGCUUUCCACACUGGCUCAAUUCUCGUUUUGGGUUCAGAAUACGUCUCGAGCAUGGCCGCCGUCUCCUGGUCCAAGUUCGGAUUACCUGCUCUCGUCACCUCCAAAAAUGCGGUCUUCCUCUGGAUAUUCGCCGGAGUCGAAACCAGCAGAUUUGCCCCUCGAAGCGGAACCCCCCUCUCCUUUAGUCGAAGCAUUUGAUGGAUCUACCCUUGCACCGAGCAUUACCAGUACACCUUCUGUAAAAGUAGACAACUGCCCACGACCGGUGGAUAGUACCAUGGCGGAGGAUGGCCCAUUGUUUCGAGCGACCAUCAAGAGUUUGGAACAAAAGACUGGUACCCUGCGUACCAAAAUGAAGAAAGUACUCAAAAGGGCUGAACAGGCACGGCAAGCACAGAUUGUAUGCAAUGAUGCCGUUAACGCGUUCAUGGAAUCUCUACGCGAUGUUGCGAGUACCGGAAAUGCCUCUGGGAUCCAACCGGCCCUGGAUCACUACUUCGAGAGCACCUACCGCGAGAUUCUUUUUUUCGAGAGGCAGAACGAAAUUAGCCUUCAGAAAUUAAUCAUUGACCCGCUCACGAAGCUCUAUAACCUGGACAUUAAGCAGGCGGAGGUCAAAAAGAAGGAUUUUGAGGAAGAAAGUCGAGAUUAUUACAACUAUGUAAGCCGUUACUUAGGAAUUAGGAACGAUUCUGCGAAGGAGAAGAAGAAGAUCGAGAGCGAGACCAAAUACCAAACAAAGCGGAGAGGUUUUGAGCUGAAGCGAUUUGACUAUUGCACCUUCAUGCAAGAUUUGCAUGGUGGACGGAAAGAGCAGGAGGUUCUUUCUCAGCUCACUAAAUUUGCAGACGCACAAGCCCGGAGUUACUUGACGACAGCGAAGAAGGUGCAAGAAUUGAUGCCUCAACUGGAGGCGCUGAGCUAUGAGGUGAAGGAGUCGGAUAAGGAGUUUCAACUGCAAAGGACUGAACGGGAGGAAAGGAGGCGUGUUUUGGAGAAGAGCAAUAAGACGUAUGUUGAACCAGAUAAUCUUGCUUCCUUCAUGCCACCUCCAACACCCAACCCAACGACCGCCUCACCUAGCGAAAUUCUUGGCCAUAAUACUGGGUUUGAAAAACUCGGUGUCGGGACAAGUAGUGUCCGCGCAGUAUCCUCAGGAUCAAAUUCAGGUGGUGAUAGAAGGGCCGAGAAGGCUCCCGAAACUGUGUUAUCACACCCAUCCAACGGCUUUGGGCUGUCAUCAGGUUCGACCCGACUGACAGCGCCUGAACCAUCUCCAGUAAAUGCUGCAGCAGAUAAGUUCAAGGGAUUUAGGGAUUUGCAAGAGAAGGAAUACACUGGUAAUGGCCUUGUAAACGGUGAAUCGGACAGGAGAAAGGAGGGGCUUCUUUGGGCUUUAAGCAGGCCCGGAAGCCAUGCGGAUCCUAAAGGAUUGAAUAAGCAAGCGUGGCAUAAAUACUGGGUUGUCUUAGCUGGUGGACAGUUGUGUGAGUAUUCAAACUGGAAACAGAAGUUGGACCUCCACAACGAUCCAAUCAACCUCAAGAUGGCGUCGGUACGGGAAGCUCGAGGAGCCGAGAGACGAUUUUGCUUCGAGAUUGUGACCCCGCAAUACAAGCGGGUAUACCAAGCAACUUCCGAGGAAGAUAUGAAUAACUGGAUAUCGGCAAUCAAUAAUGCAGUCAAGAGCACUAUUGAGGGCGGUGGCUCUGUGCGAAAUUUUGAUACAUCGUAUGUUGAGAAUGAUGCUGGGCCUGACAAAUUGAAGAAUAUAACAACGGCCCUCACCGGGAAGAGUCCUCAUUACUAUCACUCGGUUCAUGGGACUAAUCCAAUGUCUCAUGCAUCGGCAUCAAAUGCCAACAUGAAUCGUCGCACGACGGUUGGCGCGAGGCCAAUUAAUGUUCGGCGGAAUAGCAGCAAUUUCAAUGAAGAUCCGGAAAAAUUGCUCCAGAUGGUUAGAGAAGCGGAUUCUACCAACAAUUACUGUGCGGAUUGCCAAAGUCAGAUGAAGACCGAAUGGGUGUCGAUAAACCUGGGUGUAGUUUUGUGUAUUGAGUGCAGUGGUUUACAUCGCUCACUUGGUACACAUAUAUCCAAGGUUCGGUCGCUGACAUUGGACGUCACCUCUUUUACGCCGGACUUGGUCGAGUUGCUCUGCCAAGUAGGGAAUAAGAACUCAAACUCUAUAUGGGAGGCUAAAUUUGAUGCCGCCCAUCGCCCGGAUCCGCGAUCCUCCUCCAGAGAGCAGAGACUAAAGUUCAUUACGUCCAAGUAUGUCGAUCGAGCUUUUGUGCAGUCACUGUCACCGACACUCUCUCAAUACGCAUCGCCGGACGAGUCAAUCCUGGCUGCGGUAAAGAACAACGAUCUUCAGGGCACCCUUUACGCACUCGCUUUGCACGGAAGUCCUAACACCAUCGAUCCGGCCACAGGCCUGCACGUAAUAUUCCUUGCUCUCCAGGCCGCCGACCCAGCACCUGCUGUUCUAGGUAGCGAACUAGUUGCGCCCUCAACAAACCUCUCAUCCGUAACAUUCCCACUAGCAGAACUGCUAAUCCAGAACGGUGGAGAAAUCACAUCUAAUAUCCCAAGCUCCGGCCUGUCACUGGCGGCAAAGCACUACCUCUCCCAGAAGACUGCAAAGAGAUCUGGUGCGCCCACAGAGACUGCUCCUUCAAAUUCUACCACCUCAUCAAAACACGGCCACCAAUCCUCUAGUGGCGAGUUUUACGAUCCCCCAGCCACGCUCCGAGAGCGUCAGCAACGCGAGAAGGAGCGCUUGCAAAAGCGUGUUUCGUCCGGUGGUCGUCUAGUUCGUGCGGCACAAUUGGAACGAUGAUGUCGAAGAAUGGAAAUGAGAGCGAGGAAAAAAUCAAAUAUUCUUUGUACUAUGGUUGAUUGAUUGGAGUCUAGGUUUUCUCUUCACUUGUUUUUUUUUUCUUUUUUUUCUUUUCACUUCACUUUUCACUUUUCACUUUACUUAGUUCGGUACUUGUUACCCUUCUGUCUGUUUGGGUUUCGCCAACGAAGAUGGUCUAAUAGUUGAUACUUGGUCUCUGGUGGAGGAUGGCGUGUGGGUGAGAGAAGAACUCUCUGCAGUGAUUGUAAAGCUUCUCUCUUUUUUUUGUGAUGUGAUGUCGUUCGGAAUUAAUGAUUGAUAUGGAAUGGCUGGGUGACGUGAGAUCAGAUGGGGGGUUUGGUGGGCAAAUAGUUUAGGUACCUGUGUUCUUGAAGGGGGUUUUAUUUUUAUGUUUUUUCUUUCUGUUUUUUCUCUUCCCCCUCCUAAUUGGCUGGUUAAUUGGUUAAUUGGCUGGGCGUGAAA